AUGAACAAAAAAAUUAUUAUUUAAGUCUCCUUAAUUUUCCUAAAAAUUAUAAGCGCUUAAUAUGUAUCUAGUGAUCAAAUUUAAACUAGCGACUUAGAAAUUGUUCCAUAUAGCGCUAUUUUAAACCAAAACUAUGAUUAAACAGUAUCAUAAACUGUGACCUUUACUAAUUAAUUUCAAAAUAUUCCAAAAAUUAUUGUUGGAUAUAAAAUAUUUGAUUAUGAUCGUGUUGGUAAUAUUAAAAGCUUUGAACUUGUUGUUAGUAAAAUAACAACAACAAAUUUUUAAAUUUUAUUUACCAAAUACUAAGAUACUAAAGUAUAUAGAUUUGUUGCUACUUGGAUUGCUAUAGAUAGUAUUUAUGCCUUUUACAAACAAAUAGUUCUCAAUUUUUCCCCUUGGCCAUCAUCAAACAAUUAAGUAACAGUAAGUAAUCCUUUUUCUAUGACACAAAUAGAUAACACAAAGGUGUAAAGAAAGGUUAUUGCUUUUGUAUAAGGUACAUUUUUUAAUAAAAGCCCAUCAAAUAGAAAUACUUUUUAAAUGUAUGCUACUGUUAAUACUAAUACAAUUGAUGUAAAUGUUAUUUCAAAUGAUCCAACAUAAAGUCUUUCUUAAAUCAAAGUUAAUUAUAUUGAGUUUUACUCAAACAUAACAACGCCAUAUUACGAUGUAACUAUUAUAAACGAUUAAGACUUUCAAAGCUAUAGUCCUAAUAAAUACUGUCCUUGGACAUAUGGAAAAACUAAAACUCUAGAUUUUAAUUAUGCUUCAGACUUUAAUGGAGUUGUAGCUGCUAUUACAGAAUAUGAUAUCGACUUUGCUUUAGGUCAAUCUUCAAGACUCUAAUUAAAUUUAAUUUCUUUUACACCAAAUAAUAAACAACUUAAUUACAAUUAUAUAAUAAAUCUUGACUCAAGUACAUGCUUUUAUUCUAUGGGUGCAUAUAUUGUUGCAUUUAAAAUGUAUGAUUGCUCUCAGAAUCCAAGCACUCCAAUAAAUUUUUCUCCUUAAUAUUAGUGUGUUUCUUAGUGUCCAGUAGGAUACUCCUAAUAAAAAAGAGAUAACUCUUAAAAUUUUUCAUAUUGUUAACCUAAUUCAUGUUCAUAAGCUAACUGCCUUUUAUGUGGCACAAAUGGUUUAUGCAUAUAAUGUAUCACUGAAAAUUAUAUGUAUAAUAGUUAAUGUAGUGCCUCAUAACCCGCUAAUACAUAUUGUGAUAAUAAUUUGAUCUGCAAAAGCUGUUCAGCUAAUUGCCAAGGAUGCUUAAAUGAAAAUUCAUGUACAACUUGCUAAAGUGGAUAUUAUUUAUAUCAAGGAAGUUGUACUUCUUCCCAACCUAGCAAUACUUAUUGUGAUAGUAAUUUGAUUUGUCAAAAAUGUUAACCUUCUUGUUUAGCAUGCACUAAUGGAUCUUCAUGUACUGUUUGUAAUACUGGAUUAUAUUUUUAUCAAGGAGCAUGCACUUCAUAAUAGCCAGACAAUACUUAUUGUGAUAAUACUUUCAUCUGCCAAAGUUGCUCAAGUAAUUGCUCAAAAUGCUCAAGUUAAAAUUCAUGUACAACUUGCUAAAGUGGAUUUUAUUUAUUUCAAGGAAGCUGUACUUCUACCCAACCUAACAAUACUUACUGUGAUAGUAAUUUGGUUUGUCAAAAAUGUUAAUCUUCUUGCUCAUAAUGUACUGAUGUAUCUUCAUGUACUGCUUGUAAUAGUGGUUAAUAUUUUUAUAAAGGUAAUUGUACUCUAUAAUAGCCAAACAGUACCUAUUGUGAUAAUAAUUAGAUUUGCAAAAGUUGCUCAUCUAAUUGCCAAUCUUGCUCAAACGAAAAUUAAUGUACAACUUGCUAAAGUGGAUAUUACUUAUAUCAAGGAAGUUGUACUUCUUCCCAACCUAACAAUACUUACUGUGAUAGCAAUUUGAUUUGCUAAAAGUGCUAAUCUUCUUGUUCAUCAUGCAUUGAUGGAUCCACCUGUACUGUUUGUAAUACUGGAUUAUAUUUUUAUCAAGGAGCAUGCACUUCAUAAUAGCCAGACAAUACUUAUUGUGAUAAUAAUUUCCUCUGCCAAAGUUGCUCAAGUAAUUGCUCAAAAUGCUCAAGUUAAAAUUCAUGUACAACUUGCUAAAGUGGAUUUUAUUUAUUUCAAGGAAGCUGUACUUCUACCCAACCUAACAAUACUUACUGUGAUAGUAAUUUGGUUUGUCAAAAAUGUUAAUCUUCUUGCUCAUAAUGUACUGAUGGAUCUUCAUGUACUGCUUGUAAUAGUGGUUAAUAUUUUUAUAAAGGUAAUUGUACUCUAUAAUAGCCAAACAGUACCUAUUGUGAUAAUAAUUAGAUUUGCAAAAGUUGCUCAUCUAAUUGUCAAUCUUGCUCAAACGAAAAUUAAUGUACAACUUGCUAAAGUGGAUAUUACUUAUAUCAAGGAAGUUGUACUUCUUCCCAACCUAGCAAUACUUAUUGUGAUAGUAAUUUGAUUUGUCAAAAAUGUUAACUUUCUUGUUUAGCAUGCACUAAUGGAUCUUCAUGUACUGUUUGUAAUACUGGAUUAUAUUUUUAUCAAGGAGCAUGCACUUCAUAAUAACCAGACAAUACUUAUUGUGAUAAUAAUACUUUCAUCUGCCAAAGUUGCUCAAGUAAUUGCUCAAAAUGCUCAAGUUAAAAUUCAUGUACAACUUGCCAAAGUGGAUUUUAUUUAUAUCAAGGAAGUUGUACUUCUACUCAACCUAGUAACACAUACUGUGAUAGCAAUUUGGUUUGCCAAAAAUGUUAAUCUUCUUGCUCCUCUUGCACUAAUGGAUCUUCGUGUACUGUUUGUAAUACUGGAUUAUAUUUUUACCAAGGAGCAUGCACUUCAUAAUAACCAGACAAUACUUAUUGUGAUAAUAAUACUUUCAUCUGCCAAAGUUGCUCAAGUAAUUGCUCAAAAUGCUCAAGUUAAAAUUCAUGUACAACUUGCUAAAAUGGAUUUUAUUUAUAUCAAGGAAGUUGUACUUCUACUCAACCUAACAAUACAUACUGUGAUAAUUUUGUUUGCCAAAAAUGUUAAUCUUCUUGCUCCUCUUGCACUAAUGGAUCUUCGUGUACUGUUUGUAAUACUGGAUUAUAUUUUUACCAAGGAGCAUGCACUUCAUAAUAACCAGACAAUACUUAUUGUGAUAAUAAUACUUUCAUCUGCCAAAGUUGUUCUAGUAACUGCUUAAAAUGCUCAAGUGAAAAUUUUUGUACAACUUGCCAAAGUGGAUUUUAUUUAUAUCAAGGAAGCUGUAUUUCUACCCAACCUAGUAGCACUUAUUGUGAUAGUAAUUUGAAUUGUUAAAAAUGUUUAUCUUAAUGCUCAUCGUGCUCUAAUGGAACUUCAUGCACAACUUGUAUUAUUGGCUAUUAUUUUAAUUAAGGAAAUUGUACUUCUUCUCAGCCAAAUAAAACUUAUUGUGAUGAUAAUUUGAUCUGCAAAAACUGCUCAUCUAAUUGCUAAUCAUGUUUAAAUGAAAAUUCAUGUACUAUUUGCCAAAGUGGAUUUUAUUUAUUUCAAGGAAGCUGUUAAAAAUGCUUAUCUUAAUGCUCAUAGUGUUCUAAUGGAACUUCAUGCACAGCUUGUAUUAAUGGCUAUUAUUUUAAUGAAGGAAAUUGCACUUCUACUGAGCCAAAUAAAACUUAAUGUGAUGAUAAUUUGAACCAAUUAAAAAUGUAUCUUUAUAAUUCAAAAUGUUAUGAAGAGCAGCCUCCAAAAACUUACUGUGAUAGUAAUUUAAAAUGCUUUGAUUGCUAACGUGAGUGCUUAACUUGCCAAAACAGUUAAUCUUGUUCUUAAUGCAAUGAUGGUUAUUAACUCUAAGGAAUAUGUUAUAAAUAGCAACCAAAUAAUACAUAUUGUGAUUUAAAUAAGAUAUGCUCUUAGUGCAAAGAUUAACAUUGCAUGUAUUGUAACUAAUAAAAUGAGUGUCUCUAAUGUUAAAUAGGAAUUUAUCAGUAUAAAGGAUAGUGUUAUAUGUCUAAACCUGUUUAAGCAUAUUGUUUUAAAAAAUGA